AGCGGAAGGGCAGGGGAAGCAGCAGGGCGGUCUCGCAGCCCCCGCCUUGCAAGGGGGCGCAUCCAGCCUGGCAGCCUCCCAGGGCCCAACCCACAGCCAGCGAGCUCCGAUGCUCAGAGAGGCAGGAAACGGGGCCAGCCAGGGGGACCCGAGAGCGGCUGCACUUUCCUGUCCCCCGCCGAGGAGAGCGGAGGAGCAGCGGCCCGUGGCCUGGCGAGUUUCCCCGGAGAGGAGCCGGAUUCCGGUGCAGGGACGGAGCGAGGAGUCCGAGGGGAGCUGCGGAUGCCAGUCAGUGGCCCAGUGGGAGAGCAGGGGGGACAGACCAGACCCUGCCAGACCGGAGUGGGGAGGCACACGAGGAAGGAGGGGAGCAGAUUUCCUCUGUGAAAGUGAAGGAGGAGAUCCUGGACGAGGAGGAAGAAGACGCCAACAUGAGGUCAGAGAUGGAGCGGCAGAGCUUCCGGCGGUUCUGCUACCAGGAGGCCGAGGGGCCCCGAGAGGCCUGGCUUCGGCUCCAGGAACUUUGCUCCCGGUGGCUGAAGCCAGAGAGGCGCACCAAGGAAGAGAUGGUGGAGCUGCUGGUCCUGGAGCAGUUCCUGACCAUCCUGCCUGCGGAAAUGCAGAGCUGGGUCAAGGGAGGCAGGCCAGAGACCUGCGCCCAGGCGGCGGCCCUCGCUGAGGACUUCCUGCUGCAGCUGCAAGACACCGAGGGGCUUCCGGGAAAGGUAAGUGCCCUCCUCUCACCUGGGUCUCCAGCAUCUCAUGGUCUCAGGUCCAGUGCCUCUAGACAUGGAGGUUCUGUUUAGUUAUGGUGGUGAAUAUUCCUCCUCCCUGCAUUUUCUCUCUCAUCCACUUUAAA